GUCUCUAGCUUCAACCUCCAAAAAAUAUCUGGCCUGAGAAUUUGUGUGAAUUUCUACUGCCCACCAGACUCCAGAGCCCACCACAUCAUCAGCCAUGAAGAUCCUUUACUUCUUUGUUGCUGUUGUUGUCCUCCUCUUCCAGAUUUGCCCAAGUAAGUUGGAAAAGAACUUUGGCCUCGUACACACACACACACACACACGAAAGAUUUUCAGUUUGGUGGAAGGGAGGAAGGGACACGGUUUGUUUUUAUUCUUAGUUUAUUUGGCUUGCUUCAUUCUAAAGGCUUGUUCUGCUCAGGGUCCUCCUCCUGAUCUCGGCGAUACUAUUGCCUGCAGAGCAAAGGGCCAGAGUUACUGCAUUUAUGGUUCAUGUCCUCCAACUUUUAGUGUAUCCGGAAAUUGCCAUGGAGGAUUGACCUGCUGUACCAAGAUACUUGCCUGAGGACAACUCUGUGCUCUGAUUUCUCCACUCCCAUCAGAAGCAGUUCUUUGCAA